CAUACUCAGUUGAGUAGUCAGUCACACACAGGUACACAGAAGAGACUGGAUAAGAGACUGUGAGCAGAAGAUAUACAAGACGACAGAACAGAUACUGGUUUUGGAAAGACACUCAAGCUUAAGGAGGGCACAGACAACCUGCCUUAUGUGUGGCUCCUCAAGGCUUCACAGCCACCUCCUAGCGCAACGCCAACAUGUUAACCUCUGAAAAAUCACCGCAAAACACAGGGGUCAUCACUGCGACGGUUCAAGAAACACAAGAUGUAGACAUGACGGUGUGGAGAGAAGCUGAUUUUGAAGAGAAGUGCACUUAUAUUGUGAUGGACCAACUUGUGGAAGAAGACUUGGAAAACCAGAACACCAGGACAAGAGCUGAGAGAUCCUUACCCAGAAACCUGGCCCUGAAAUGCUGCCAAAAUUCAGCAGAGGUGCUUGGGGUGACCAGUAAGGAGCUGAUUCCUAAGGGGACACGUUUUGGCCCUCUGGUGGGAGAAAGCUACACCAAUGAAACUUUGCCGAAAGAUGCUGACAGAAAAUAUUUUUGGAGGGUCUUCUCAGAGGGGUGUUUACACCACAUAUUAGAUGGUUUAAAUGAGGAGAAGAGCAACUGGAUGCGAUACGUCAACCCAGCCCGUGCUACAGAUGAGCAGAACCUGGUAGCCUGCCAAAGUGGCCUGGAUAUCUUCUUCUACACCAUAAAACCACUUCAGCCUGGCCAGGAGCUUUUGGUGUGGUACUGCUCUGAAUUUGCCCAACGCUGUAACUACCCUCCACUGGGGCACCUAGCUGCUGACAGUGUUGAUCAGAGUCAAGCUCAGGAAAAGACAACAGGGAAACGAGGACAUAGUGUCUCUGAAAUUCUCCGGGACGAGCCCUCUAGGUCCUUACCCACCUGCCCCAGGCGUCCUAACAGUCCUUUAUCCCAGACCAAUCCCUCAGUUUUUCCCCUCUGCCCUCGUGUCCUCUACCCAAUUCAGCCCCCCUCAGAAUCCAUUCAUAGCCAUCAAUAUGCAAAUUUGCCAUCCUGCAGCCCACCUGCAGCCAAAAGGCCAGCUCUAAGUAGUCCUGUCCCAUCUAGUUUGCACUUCAACUUUCAACACGGUCAAGGGCCUGCAAUCGCCAAACCUUACCAAGAGCCCUCUGUGCCUAAUCAUGUUCACCCUGGACUCAGACAGGCUCCGUAUCUGCUGCCUCACUACUCACUUGGCCUUAACAUUCUACCUCAUACAUAUCCACUCUACGAUGACCGAAUGAAGCCUCACUUAACUCUGUCGUCUCAUUUCCUGCCAUUUGACAGCUAUGCACACUUUCUCCAUCCUCUGACCAACAGACACAAGGACUUAACACUUGCACUAUCUAACAGCAAACAAGACCUCAUCUCAACUCUUUCACCAACUAGUGAGCACAAAGACAGCAAGGAACUGUUUUCCAAAAGGACAAACUACCUCAGGAUUCCCAACUUCACACCACCUGAUAACCUCAGAGAUUUGAGACACUCUCCACCCAGCAAUGUCCACACUGACGUCCCUGUACCUGCCACAUCUAGUGCCUCAUCCAUGGUCACCACACUGCGGGGGUCACUGCCCUCUGUUGCACCUGGAGGAUGCUCACCACCAGUUGGCGUGGCUGCCUCCUCAGACUACCUGCCCUCCAAACCCACCUCUGCCACUCACGCCAAAACUGAAGAUGCAAUAGAUCUCAGGAAGACAAAACAAGGAGAGCAGAGCAUUGGCUAUAAGACCCUGUCCUACCCUCUUACCAGGCAGAAUGGAAAGAUUCGCUAUGAGUGCAAUGUCUGUAGAAAGGUCUUUGGGCAGCUCUCUAACCUCAAGGUCCAUCUACGAGUACAUAGUGGUGAGCGGCCCUUCAGGUGUCAGACCUGCAACAAGAACUUCACUCAGCUGGCCCACUUGCAGAAACACUACCUGGUUCACACAGGAGAGAAGCCUCAUGAAUGCAAGGUCUGCCAUAAGCGAUUCAGUAGCACAAGUAACUUGAAGACCCACCAGCGGCUCCACUCCGGCGAGAGGCCUUACCAGUGUAAACAGUGUCCAGCUCGUUUUACUCAGUUCGUCCACCUGAAACUUCACAAACGCCUCCAUACCGGGGAAAGACCUCACCGCUGUCCACGCUGCCCUUGUGCUUAUCUCCACUACUGCAGCCUCCAGGUGCAUCUCCAAGGCUUCUGCCCUCUUUCCCCCUCAGCCUCCCACAGACACUCACCUGAGGAGCUGCACAGAGUCAACUCAGAGAUCGAGAGGUUUGACAUUAGCGAGGCAGCAGAGCGGCUCGAGGCCAUUGCUGCAGAGGCCGAGAUGGACAAGGGGAGUGUUAUUGACCUAAUAAAGAAGAUGGAAACACAUUCCUCUGGCCACCAGGGAGGUGCCAGAGAGAACACUGAGCUCAGUAUCUACAAGUCCUCAAAGGAGUGUUCUGUUGUUAAGCUGCUUCACAGUCCUCUACCUCUGCAUCCAGCCAACAUCAAGCUGGAGUCAGGCUGCAUAUCAGAGCCCUAAGACUGUCUUGCUAAUCCAGCCAUAUAAUCCUUACAGGUCAACUCAGCAGCUGUCAGUUCCUGCCCUAUUUGAAGUAAAGCCUUAUCUCAAUCGUGGAUUUCAUAGCCUAUACUCUACAGAGACUGUAGCGUGUGAAGAAUCAAGACAUUACCAGCAUGGUCUGGGACCAGUGACUUGAUUUAUUUAGUCUAUAGACCUUUUUAAUUUAUUGCAUUAUAUAUUAAUAUUAUUUUAAAAUUCACACAGUGUUUUGUGACUUUUUCUGUUGUGUGUGUUUUGCAUCUCUGAAAUGUUUUUAAUGGAACAACUCAACAUGACCUUAUGCAUAAAAGUUUGUCUUUAUUUGUAGUUGCACUGUGUGAGAGUGUGAGUUCCUGUUUGUGUGUGUCUGUAUCUCAAUUAAAGUGAAAUUUACUG